GCGUUCGAUGGAAAUGCCACGGUGGUUGGUGAGGUUGACGGCGCCAUCGCCUUUGUAGGCACGGUUGAUGGCGUUACACGCGUCAAAGCUGUUGAUGGUAGGGUCGCCGCCGGCACUGUUGAUGUAAUUAAUUCCUUUGCCGCAGUAGUCGGUGACAUGCUCAAGGUCGUCGGUAAGAUUGAUGGAAUCGUCACUUUCGUCGAGCCAUUUGUCAGUGUCACCUGCGUCGGCGUUGCUAAUGGAACCGUUGUCUUUGAAGAUCCAGAUGGUGAGACAGUAUCCUUAGAUUGUACUGUUGACGGUACUGUUCCCUUCACCGGCGCGGGUGAUGGCAGUAGGAUCGUUGAUGGCAUUUCCACCUUCGUCGACGUUGCUGAGCGCCCCGUUGAUUCCUUCGCAAAUGAUGACAAUGGCAUUCCCAUAGUCGUCGGUGUCGUUGAUGAGGUAGGCAACUUCGAAGGCGCUGUUUCCUUUGACGAACCUGUUGCUUGUGAGGUCAGUAGGGUUGAUGGUGCUAUAACAUUUGUAUGCGCAGAUGGCUCCGUUAUUUUUGCAGACGAUGCUGGCAAUGCCACCUUUGUCGGCGCGAUGGAUGACGUAGUCAUCUUUGCUGCCAUUGAUGGCACUGUAUCAUUUGCUGGAACUACGGAAGGUGCAGUUACCUUUGUCAAUACAGUUGAUGGACGUGUGAUAUUCGCAUGUGCUGUUGACAACCCAGUAAUUUUUGCAGAAGUUGUUGACUGCGCGGAAGCUGAUGAUGACGAUGUUGCUGUCGAUUCUGCUGAUGACGGCGUAAUCUUUGACGGUUGUGUCUUCACUUCCACAUCCUUCACAGCAACAGUUGAUGGUGUCGAAACCUUCGUCACUGCGGUUGAGGGUAACGUUACUUUUGCAGACGCUGUUAUUGGCACUGUCACCUUCGUUGGAGUGGUUGAUGGCACCGUCCCAUUCGUUGCCACCGUAGAUGACAUCAUACUUUUAUCCAGAGCUAUUGAAGGCGCCGUUACCUUCGUGACUAUUGAUGGCGCAGUCACUUUCACAGAUGCUUCUGUUGGCUUCCCCACCUUUGUCACCGCUGUAGUUGGUGCCGUCGUCUUCAACGGUACUGUGGAUGGUGUGGUUUUCGGCGUCACUGUUGACGGCGCCGUCACCUUUGUCGGUUCUGUAGACGGUUUCGACAACACUUUCUGCACUGUUGAUGCAGUUGUCACCUGCGUCGGCGUUGUGGUUGUUACCAUAUCCAUUGGUGAAAUAAUUGACGGCGAUGUUUCCUUCACCAGUGUGGUUGAUGGCGCCGCUUCUCGUGCAGAUGUUGUUGGCGCCGUCACUUUCGUAGCUGCUGUUGUCGUCACUUUCGUAGCUGCUGCUGUUGUUGGAACCAUCAUUUUUCCCGGUGAUGUUGUUGGCACCGUCACUUUCGGAGCUGCAGUUACUGGUGCCGGCUCUUUCGUAGCUCCCGUUGUUGGCGCUGGCACUUCCGUAACUUCCGUUGUUGAUGUUGGCACUUUCGUAGAUGUCGUAGAUGUCGUUGUUGGCGCAGUCACUUUCGUAGCGGCCGUUGGUGGCGCCUUGACUUUCGUAGCUGCCGUUGUUGGCGCCGGCAGUUUCGUAGCUGCCGUUGUUGGUGCCUUUACUUUCGUAGGUGCCGUUGUUGGCGCAGUCACUUUUGUAGCUGCCGUUGUUGGCGCCGGUACUUUCGUACCCGCCGUUGUUGGCGCCGGCACUUUCGCAGCUGCCGUUGUUGGCGCCAGCACUUUCGUGGCUGCCGUUGUUGACGCCGGCACUUUCGUGGCUGCCGUUGUUGGCGCCGGCACUUUUGUAGCUGCCGUUGUUGGAGCCGUCACUUUCGUAGCUGCUGUUGUUGGCGCUGGGACUUUCGUAGCGGUUGUUGGUGUCGUCCCUUUCGUAGUCGGUGUUGUUGGGGCCGUCACUUUCGUAGCUGCUGCUGUUAGCAUUGGCACUUUCGUAGCUGCUGUUGUUGGCGCCGUCACUUUCGUAGCUGCUGUUGUUGGAGCCGUCACUUUCGUAGCUGCUGUUGUUGGCGCCGACACUUUCGUAGCUGCUGUUGUUGGCGCCGACACUUUCGAAGCUGCUGUUGUUGGUGCCGUCACUUUCGUAGCUGCUGAUGUUGGCACCGUAGCUUUCGAAGCUGUUGUUGUUGGCAUCGUCACUUUCGAAGCUGCUGUUGUUGGUGCCGUCACCUUUGGAGCUGCUGUUGUUGGCGCCGUCACCUUUGGAGCUGCUGUUGUUGGCGCCGUCACUUUUGUAGGUGCUGCUGCUGACACCGUCCCCGUCGACCCCGCCGGUAUUGAAGUGGACGGCGGCGUCGACGUAGGCGACGGUGUCACCGCUGCAGACGAUGACACCGUUGCCUGCGACAACGGGGCCGCCGUAGUUGAGGUCUUUGCGACCUUUUCAGUGCAUUGUUGCAGCCGCUCGCUAGACGCGAGCUUCGGCUGCGCGGCGGAUUUGGGUGGAAGAUGUGACAGCGCCGGGCGGAUGGUGGAGGCGGCGGUAGCGGAGCCGGUGGAGGAGGAAGAAGCGGUGCCUCCCACCUCGCACGCUUCUUGGACAGCAGGCAAC